AGCGGCCGCACACUAACGCGUGUGCUGAUUGGACGGCGAAAAAGCGAAAAAAUAAUAACCGCACGAUACACGUGGCUUUUUUCUUUCCGACGCCCGCCUUUACCUUGCGGCGUCGGUGGUUUUAUUAGCAGCCCGUUGAUACGAGUUAUUCGUGUUAAGCGGCUGGAAUUUCUUUGUUUCGAGAGGAGGCGGGAUACGUGGAGAGCGCGCUAAAACUACAAGUUCCGAACGCGCUCGCGAGGAGGUGUGGUCACGCGAGCACCAUAAACAUGAGAGCUGAGGGGCUCCCCUCCGCUGAGUCUGGCUUAUCGAAGACAGACGUGAGCUUUAUAGGUGAAAUCAGACGAGCCGCUUUGCUGUUCGCCAUCACGUGCGAGAGACGCACUUAACGUGCCCGUGCUUGGAGCGCGACACGCGGAACAUCGUCUGGCGCGCGCAGCCCGCGGAGGGAUCAAUCAAUGCGAACGCGCUGACCGACUGAGUGAUUAUUUUUGCGCCGAUAAAAUAAUCCGGUACAGCGCGGUGUAAAGUGUCUCUCAUUAAGUAACGGGCAAUUAAUUGUUACUUUUAAUAAAUUACUUGCCGGGGCGGGACUCGAGCGAGUCGCACGUCGUAACUUAUGGCUGUUUCCAGAACCAAGUUAGCAGUCGGGCUCGGAAUCGCGGGGAUCCUCACGGCGGUUUUUGGGGUCAUUCUCGUGUUCGUGGGACCGAUUGUCAUAGACGACCAGAUAGUGAAGAAUGUGGAGAUCAACCCAAAAAACAGUCUGUCUUACACCAUGUGGAAAGACAUUCCUGUGCCGUUCUUCAUGUCGGUCUACUUCUUCAACGUUCUCAACCCCAAAGAGAUUCUUCGUGGAGAGAAGCCGAUGGUGGAACAAAGGGGCCCUUAUGUCUACAGGGAGUACCGUCAGAAGGACAACAUCACGUUCCAUCCGAACAACACGGUGUCAUACCUGGAGUACCGGCAGUACCACUUUGUGAGGGACAUGUCUGUGGGCGACGAGUCUGAUGUGGUCGUCAUCCCGAACAUGCUGGUUCUGGGUGCAGCAGUGAUGAUGGAGAAGAUGCCGCUUCCAGUGCGUUUGGUGAUGAGCGCCACGUUCACGACCUUCAAUGAGAAUGCCUUCCUCAACAAGUCCGUGGGCGAGCUCAUGUGGGGGUACGACAGCGAGCUGGUGGACUUCCUCAACAAGUAUCUCCCGGGCAUGCUGCCGACCACGGGCAAGUUUGGGCUUUUCUCUGAGUUCAACAACUCCAACACUGGGCUCUUCACGGUCUUCACGGGUCAGGAUGACAUUAGGAAGGUUCACAAAGUGGAUUCCUGGAACGGGCUUAAGAAGGUGAACUACUGGAGAACGGAGCAGUGCAAUAUGAUCAACGGAACAGCAGGCCAGAUGUGGCCACCUUUCAUGACCGAAGAGUCUACCCUGCCUUUCUACAGUCCAGAUGCAUGUCGGUCGAUGGAGCUGGUCUACGAAAGGCCCGGGGUAACGAGUGGGAUCCCUUUCUUCCGCUUCGUGGCGCCCAAAACCCUCUUUGCCAACGGGACAGACUACCCCCCGAACGAGGGCUUCUGCCCCUGCCGCCAGUCUGGCAUCAUGAAUGUCAGCAGUUGCAGGCAUGAUGCCCCGGUGUUCAUGUCCCACCCCCACUUCUACAACGGGGAUCCGGUCUUGCGGGAGUUUGUCCUUGGGCUGAACCCAACGGAGGAGCAGCACGGCCUCUUCAUUGACAUCCAUCCAGAGACCGGGGUGCCGCUCAAUGUGUCCGUCAAGCUCCAGCUGAACCUGUACAUGAAGAAGGUGCUCGGUAUCUCUCAAACUGACAGUAUUUCUGAGGUGGUGAUGCCCAUGAUCUGGUUUGAAGAGAAAGGGUAUAUCGAUGGCCCAGUGCGCACCACCUUCUACGUUAACCUGGUGCUGCUUCCCACUAUCAUGGAAGUGAUGCAGUACGUCUUCAUCGCACUGGGCCUUUUCCUGGUCCUCUCUGCCUUGUUCUUGAAACUCCGGGACAAGGUAGGUAUUGGACCCUGGCAUGCCCCCCCCCCCGAACCCAGAGUCCAUCCUUUAGUGAGUGCAUGGCUUUGCGUUAACACAAGGUCAACUUUGUGUUUUCCCCAUCCCAGUUUCCUGCGUUGUCCUCCAAUCUUUUUGUUUGGUCUGUUGUACCCCCCCCCCCCCCAGCACAUCAUGUCCUUUUGACUGCUAAAGUCCCUGUUUCUGUUGUUCUGGCAGGACAGAGCUACAUAUUUUCAAAAGUCCCUUUAACACAAAAUUGUGGCUGUUGAAGGGUCAAAGUACAGUUUGUUCUCUCACACACACACAACUCGCACAGAGUCCUUUACAGUCCACCUUGACCCUACAAACACUCAUAUUCUGCAGAAUACAGUGUGUUGUCACUGAUGCAGAUUGGGGGGGGACUCCAAGUCUCGCCUAAAGCCAUGACCCUUCUCCAGACACUCUUCUCACUCUUACUGUUAGUUAUUUGAAUGCAAAAAGUGCAGAAAACAGGUGGAAUUGUGUUUUUCCCUCAAUGUGUUGACUAACACACACACACACACACACACACA